AUGCAAAUACUUAGACUACUGGGGAGACAUUUUUAUAAUAUAACACUACAAUGCUUGAAAAGGCGAAUAACUACGCUACCUGCAACAGAUCGAUCUGUUAGUGAUAUCACCUCAUCGAUAUUUGAAGUUACGAAAGAAAUCAAUCAUGGGCCAAGAAGUGCAACAAAAUCCAUGAAAUUUGUAUCUCGUUUCUAUCAAAGCGUUAAAGUCAUGAAUAUUGAACUAAUUUCCCGAAUAUUGACUGAUAUAGCGAAUGAUACAUUAAAUAGAGACAGUAAUGAAAUUCACAAUUAUGAGUUUUACUUUAAUUGUUUAAAGAUUGGAUUGAAUUGUUUUUCUGAAUCAAAAUCAACCGAUGCAUUGUAUCUACUACGAAAUAAUAUUGAAGACUAUAGACAAGUGACACUGAAAAUCAAGGUGCUUGGAAUAGAACCAUAUUCAGAAAUGAAAAAUAUCCAAAACAUGUUUUUAAAAACAAUAUUGCACCUUUACUCAAUGUCAAAACAGUCUGGCAAAUCAAGACUUUUUACUAACCCGAUUAUGGAGUACUUUUUACAUAUUUUGAAGAGCUUUAGCAUUGACGUCCAAGAGUUUGCUGAUGAGUUAACUGAGGAGAGUUUGCGACAGGCAUUGACUGAAAUCUGCUUCGCAAAACAGAUUAGUGUACCGGUUGCAAAGAAAGCGGUAGAAAGAGAAACAGAUUAUCAGGUGUCCAUUGAUCAAUACUUGGAUGAGUAUGGAGGGAUAGACUAUGACAACAUUUGUAAGUAUAUAUCGGAUUAUAAAUUCACGUGGGGUGGUCAAUAUAUCGAAGAAAAAUUAUUCAAUUAUUAUGAUAGGCUCUCAACUGAAGAAAAAUCUCAAUUCAUGGCGGAAUACUUGAAUUUCAACCAAUCGAAAGAACUAAUAAUGGAGAAAUAUACCAAUAGAAUUGUACAUAUUUCACUGGAAGCAUCUAGACAAUUUGAAAAAUCUUUCAAGUUUGGCAUGAGCGAACAAAAUUUGAUUCAAGAAUGGAUAGCAGAUACAACCGAACAGAUGGAAAAUAUUUUGGCAUCAAAAACUCCAUCGUCGAAUGAAGAAGCUAUCAUUCAUCAAUUUAAGCCGUUUUUGGAAAAAGUAACAAUUCAGUCGAUUAUUAACUAUAUUAUUUUUUCAAUUUUAGGCUCACCUGAUGGGAAAUUAACAACGAUUAUAGAAAAAAUGAAGUAUUCGUUUCCUAGUGUAUUAUCACAACAUGCAUCUUCCAACUUGAAAGGUGAAAUAUUCCAAUUUAUACACGAUGAUGCAUAUAUCAAAUUGACUCAUCAAUUGGUUAAAUUGAUUAUGGAGAAUUGCAAAAUUGCAAUGACAAAUAAACAGAUAGAACAGCUUCAGAAUUCUUUAAAGUUAGAAAACAAAGAUAUUGCUCAACAAUUCUUAAUUUCCACUGGUGAUGGUAAAUACCCUGCCUUUUGUAAGGAGACGAAACGAAUAACUAGCAAGAACAAAACGUAUAUUACGGUGGAAGUGCAUCCAUAUAUAGAAUCAAAACUACAGUCUUUGAAGUUGGGGACUCAUUUACAUUAUUUGCCAAUGUUACAUCCACCAAAACCUUGGGUGAGUCCUGAAAGUGGCGGUUAUCUUACAAUAAAAACAAAUUUUGUAUCAACAAAUGAUUCUAUUCAAGUAGAAUUAUUGAAUAGAGCAGGUGUUAGAGGUCAGUUGGAUAAUGCUUAUUCUUGUCUUGACCAAAUGGGUAAUACUGCUUGGGCAAUAAAUCCGUUUAUGUUGGAUAUUUUCAAUAAAUUAAUGGAAGAAGAACCCAAUGGGUUUUUAAGUAUUCCUCCGCUUGUUCCAGAUGCAACCUUACCACAAAAAACCAAAACAGAAUUGAAAAGCCUUCGAAUAACUUUUGAAAUAAUGAAUAAACUUGCCAAUGCUUUUGGUAAAAAUGGAGAUUUGUUAUACCAUUGUUAUAGUUUGGAUUUCAGAGGUAGAGUAUACCCAUUUUCUCCCUUGACUCAUUAUGGAGGCGAUUUAGCAAGGUCCUUAUUUAUGUUCUGGCAUAGUGAGCCACUAGGACCAAAUGGAUUUUAUUGGAUAAAAUACCAAUUAGCCUCGUUAUUUGGACAAAAUAAUUGUUUAGAGUUUUAUGAGGAAAAUCAUGAUAAUAUUGUUGACUCUGCUCGAAAUCCAAUGGGAGGAAGAAAAUGGUGGAUGAAAGCUGACAAGCCAUUUUCAGCUUUGGCUGUUUGUUUUGAAAUCAUCAAAAUAUUGGACCAUUGUAGGUCCGGUGGUAGGAUUGAAGAUUAUAAAUGUCGUUUUCCAAUUCAUCAAGAUGGUUCUUGUAAUGGGUUACAGCAUUAUGCAGGGUUAGCUGCUGAUGAAACCGGUGGGGCUGCAGUUAACUUGAUUAGACUGGAAACAAAACAAGAUGUAUAUACCAAAGUUUUAGAGAUUGUGAAAAAGAAAAUUGAACAAGAUGUGGUAGAACAAAAUCUUGAAAUAGAUAAAUUGGAAACUGCUGAGUUUUUUUUGCCAAUUUUAAAUCGGAAAUUAGUGAAGCGUCCAGUGAUGACAACCGUGUAUGGGGUCACACUAGCUGGUGCUAGUUCACAAAUAUUGCAAACUAUUAAAGAGAUUGUUGAAGAUCAUCGUACCAAUCCUUCAAAGACCACUUUUAGCAACGAGACAUUGCAUAAAUUAAAAUCUGUUCAAUUAUCACAAACAUCGUACCUUGCACGAAAGAUUUUGGAUUCUAUUGAUGAAUUAUUUGUCCAUGCCAAACAAAUUGAAAAGUGGUUGUUACAAAACACAAAACGAAUUCUUACUUCAUAUAAUAUAAAAACCAUAGACCAUUUGUUAGCGAAUAAUCUGAGCUUGUUUGAAUCUAUUUUCACCACCCCGGUGAGUUUUUUCCCAAUGAGCUGGAUAUCACCUUGUGGGUUCCCUGUGAUCCAAGCAUAUAGAAAGAUUCCAACGAUUAGAUUUCAUGGUGCCAUAGGAAAGACAACUUGGAAUAAUUCCAGCAAACUAUCACCAAUGGAUAGACGCAAACAUGAAUUGGGUAUUGCCCCGAAUUUUAUACAUUCCUUAGAUGCAGCCCAUUUGUUUAUGACGUGCGAUAGUGCAAAUAAAGCUGGUCUCACUUUUAGCGCAAUUCAUGAUUCUUAUUGGACACAUCCUAAUAAUGUUGAAAACUUGUCGAGAAUAUUAAGAGAGCAAUUUGUUGAGUUAUAUUCAAUGGACUAUUUGCAAUAUGUAAGACAAGAUUUUAUGAAUCAAGUUAAAGGUUCUUAUCAAUUAGUUUAUUUUAAAAAGAAGGAUUAUCCUGGACUAGCUAAGAAAAUUAUUGAUAUACGGAAACGUUAUCGAGAAAAGAAAAAACCUCAUAAACUUGCUUUUGAAUUAAGGGAGAUGACAGAGCAAGGAGAAGAACAUAUCAUGAGAAAAUUAUAUCAAGAGUACCAACCAAGAAUAUUUCAUAUUGUUUCAGACAAGUGUUACGAGUACAAAAAUGAUAUUGUUGUUCAACCAGAACCAAAAUGUACUGGAAUGAUGGAAAUGUUCGUACCUGUUCUGAUUAUCAAUGUGCCACCAAAGGGGAAUUUAGACAUAUCAAAAGUACUAGAUAGUCCAUACUUUUUUUCAUAA